UAAUCUGUGGAUUCAGUGUUAAAGACUUUCAUUAUGAACGUAUUAAAAAAUAUAUAUUUUAGUAGUUAUAAAGUGCAGAAGAAAAACAUUUUUAUGAAAAUGAAAUUUAACAAAAUGGCUUCUGUAAUCAGUUGCACAGACAAAAAGUCGUACAUAAAGGCUGCGGACUUUUUAGUAAACGGAUAUGUUAUAGCUGUCCCAACUGAUACAAUAUACGGCCUGGCUUGCAGUGCAAAUUGUCCUGAUGCCAUCAAAAAGUUGUACAGCAUUAAAGGCAGGGAUGCAGCCAAACCAGUUGCUAUAUGUGUAACAAAUAUAGCCGAUGUAAGAAAAUGGGGUGAAGCUUCACACUUAAGUGACGAUUUAUUGCAUAGCUUACUGCCAGGCCCUGUUACAGUGGUCUUAGAAAAAACUAAAAGUUUAGAUAACCCAUUCCUAAAUCCCCAAACAACAAAAAUCGGUAUUCGUAUUCCUAAAUGUGAGUUUAUUAACAGUAUGACCAAAGUAUUUGAUAUGCCAGUGGCUCUAACAAGUGCAAAUUUUAGUAACGAACCUUCAACUUUAUCUGUUAAGGAGUUUGAACAUCUUUACACACAUUUAGGAGCUGUAUUUGACGGUGGGGUCCUCAGUCAGGGCUUGGAAGAAAAUAGGACUGGUUCUACUGUUAUUGAUUUAUCAGAAAAUGGGUAUUUUAAUGUUAUAAGGAAGGGUAUUUCCUACAAACAAGUUAAAAAUAUCUUGCAAAAUCAUGGAUUGAAUAAUCUUAGUAAAUAAUUGUUGAUGUGAUAAAUUUUUGAAA